UUCUUAUUCUUAUUUUUCUCCUCAUCUGAAGCGCCUCCUCGCUCCUUUCUGUCACUCUUUCAGCGGAGGGAUGCACUAGCCGGGGUGUCCGGGAGUCAUGGGGAAACCACUACCCAAUUGUGAUUGGGAACCAAAAUCCUGAAAAGAUCUCUGAUGGUGUUUUUCCUGGGAAAUUGACAAGUGUUGAGAAGUAAAAAAUAGAAGACUUUUCUUUGGAAGAACUCUGCAGUCCCGAUCCUCGCCCCCUCCCUUCUAGCCAAUCGGAUGGCUCCGAAUGACAGGAUACAGUAAUGGAUGUGGUCACACCGUUCAGCGCUGUAGCCAGAAUGCAGCUCAGAGGGUAGGGUCAGCUGUGAGCCCGCCUCACCCUACCCUCCCACCACCCCAUUAGCUCCGCCAGAGAGCCGACCCCCGCGUCCAGGCAGCAACCCUUCUCUUCCACCCUCCCAACACUGACCCCUCCACCACGGCUUUGGAAGACGGAACAUGACGCUGGUUCAUGUCUGAUACGUACACCUCUGAGGCGUCGAGCGUAAAACCAGUGGAGCAAUGAAUGGCGGAAAGGACUGUGAGGCGGGAGAGGAGAGGCAGGCCGUCCCUGUCCAGGUCCCCAUUGGCUGGCAGCGCAAGGCGGAGCACUGCGGAGGCGUCUUGUAUGUGAGUCCCAGCGGCUCGCUGCUGUCCAGCCUGGAGCAGGUGAAGACCUACCUGCUCACAGAUGGAACCUGUAAAUGUGGCCUGGAGUGCCCACUCAUCCUCCACAAGGUGUUCAACUUUGACCCAGGGGCGGCUGUCAAACAGAGGACGGCGGAGGAUGUGAAAGCAGACGAAGACGUGACCAAACUCUGCAUUCACAAGAGGAAGCUCCUGGCUGUGGCCACGCUGCACAAGAGCAUGGAGACACACCCGCCUCUGGCACUGACUAGCCCAGGAGGAGGUACAUCAUCUGCAGUUGCUGUGCAUUCUACAACUCAACGAGCAAUAAGGACUAAAGCCCACGAUGGGUUGCCCAAUGCUGUUGGCCCUGAGUGCAAGAACCCGUUCAAAAUGAUAAUGGUUGCCGGACAGCAGCAGCAGAGGUUGUUUCCACCUCAGGAGGCGGUUGGAGCCCCGCAGCCUGAGCUUUACUCUGGAUACUCCCGGGCACAGAGGCUACCGAGCGGGGACCCUGGAACUAAAUCUCCAUUUCGGGUGGGGUAUGGAGGCAUGUUGAGCCCAUCUUCCUCCAGUGCUAAACUGUAUGGAGAUGGCUCUCAGUCUCCCAACACAGACACUCUGGGCAGCCCUGAGGGGUUUCAGAGGACCAAUCCUUGUGGCUUUCCAGGAGCCUGUAGUCCUGGUUCAGCAUCCAUCCAUGGGAACCCUAGGACUCCUCUUUCCCCACCCAGAGUAAUGCUUCAUGGUUCUCCUGCAGGCCAGCCAUCCUGCGCCUUGACAGGAAGGACUAGCACGCCCCUCUCCCCUACGGCCACUGCCAAAAGCCCUGUCAUGAACAUGAACAUGCCCCGGGGGAACUUCCCACCCGGCAUGGAUCUGCCUCGAGCAGCAUUUCAUCAUAAAUCUCAGCCCCCUCUGCAUCCUGUACCUCCCCCGCCAUCCAUACCACCACCCUGCGCUCUUCAGAAAAGGCAGUUGACCUCUGAAAAAGAUCCCUUAGGCAUUCUGGAUCCCAUCCCUAGCAAGCCAGUUAGCCAGCCCCCAACCCAUGCCCCCAACCCGCCCAACUUCCAGCCCAACAUCCACUCUCAGGUACAAAUGAUGAAUGUAAACAUCCCCCCUCCUGUCAUUGUUCCCCUACCAAGCAACUUACCUUUACCCACAGGGAAGCCUGGACCUGUGGGCCAUGGUGGCAAUGUGCAAAGGACUCAGCAGAGCGGUCCUUCCUCCUCCAUGUCCCCCUCCCCUGUCACUUCCCCUGUUCACAUGGCUGGACCGGUUUUGGGGAGAAUCGAGGCCUCGCCUCAUCGCUCGCGUUCCUCCUCCACCUCCUCCGAACACGGGAGCUUUGCAAUGCCCUCGGGUCACCAGGCCCCGUGUGCCACCAUGAAGGUUCCCCCUCGUUCUCCCAGGUCGGCUAUGGGGUCUCCCCGGCCAGCCAUGCCCUCAAGCCCAUCCACCAACAAAACCGACCCACUCCACCAGUAUAAAGACUCCCAGCUGCUGCCUGGAAUGGGAAACCCAGUCGGCACCCAUCAGCACAGCAACUCCAUGUACUCCCCCACCUCUUCAUCCUCUUCGUCCUCUCUGGCAACUUCCAGCGCUUCCCAGAAGGGCCACCCUGGUCUCCUUGGGAUGCCCCUCAACCAGAUCCUGAACCAACAGAACGCCGCUUCCUUCCCAGCCAGCAGCCUCCUCUCAGCCGCAGCCAAAGCACAGCUAGCAAAUCAAAACAAACUCGGCCCUGCUGGCAACAGCACUCCCGGCAUGGCUGCUGGCGGUGCGGUCGGCAUGCCGGCAAUGGGGGCGGCCGGCGGAGGUAACGGUGGGAGUGUCGGCCCUCGAAGCAUGGAGGGACACAGCACUUUAAAUCCCAUGCUCCCGCCAAACUCCACCAUGCUGCUAAACACUCCAGAAGGUCAGAGUGGCCGGGCGGCACUGCGAGACAAACUCAUGGCCCAGCAGAGGGAUCCUGCACGGAAACGUAAGCAGUCGUCCGGCAGCGCUGGGAACCACGAUGGUGGCAACAACAUGGUCUUCAACAUGCUCAACAAGCAGGGCAUGGGGGGACCCCACAUGCAGGGGCCCAGUGCUACAGAGCAGCUGCGUAAAGUGGGCCGAAUGGGGAACCUGCACCCCAACGCCUCCAUGGCUCAGCUGCUGCAGUCCAUGAGCUGCCACAGUUCCCACAACAUGGCGGGGAACAGCCACCGCCCUGGGCUCAGCUCCGGCUCACACGGAGCGGCGCCGCUUCACUACAACGACAGUGCGGGCAUGCAGCAGAACAUACUGAUCCAGCAGAGGUUGCGACCUCCAGGAGAUCCCAUCCAGCACUGCCAGAGCCUGGACCCCUCAGGGGGCCACCUGGUCUCCCGUCCAGGCCAGUACCCCGACCUGAUGGCCCAGAUACAGGCUCAGUCCAUGAACACUUGCGGUCCUAUGGGGCCAGGCGGUGGACCGAUCGGACCGGACGGGAUGCCGCUGGUACGCCCCAACACUAACCCACCACCGCUGUCCCAUCCGGGUCCGCACCCCGCACAUCUCCACAGUAUGAGGAGGACGAACAUCGUGCCGCACGGAGGAGGGGAUGGAGGCUGCAACCAGACGGUCUCUGAUGCAGGCAUUGGCAUGGGCACCAUGCAGCCUCAUGUGAACGCUGGUGGAGCUCAGAUGUACCAACAGCAGGUCCACCAGCGAAUGCCACAGGCGGUUUCCUCUCACCCAGCCUACCAGGGGCAGCAGCACUUCUCUGACAACCAACACUACAAAGAUGGCGGCAGCAACGGCGGCUCCAUGGCCUGCCUCUAUCCGAACUACCAGCAGGGAAUGUUGCCCCACCCUCAGUUUGCGGAGGAGCAGCAAAGCAAUGGGCUCCCGGCAGGCUCUGAGCGGGGCGCCGGCGGCGGGCCGGAGGUGGUGGACGCCAUCUACAGAGCGGUGGUGGACGCUGCUAGUAAGGGCAUGCACGUCACCAUCACCACCACGGUGAGCGGGACCACGCAGGCCAGCCCGGUGCCCGCCCUCAGUGCCAUGAGUGCCUUCACUGCCAACAUGGGGGAACCCGUCAACCUCCCCCAGGCGGUCAGCGCCGUCCUGCAUGGGCACCAGGACGGAGACCGACCGCGGCAGGCCAGGCCAGGGCGCGGACAGAAGAACAUGGAUGCUGGGAAGAGCACGCCGGACGGUCCAGAACCCAACGACUACUUCCGCUCCCCCGGCCGGGGAACGCCAAGGGGGCAGUGGGACGGAGAGGCGCCACACGGCGGAGGCUUUGAGGCGCAGAGCAACAACACCUGGGGAGGGGAGGAGUUCCUGGAGUGCUCUACCCAAGUGAGAAGUAGUCCUCUGAUGGAGAGGCCUGCCAGCCUGGCCCCGGCACCGCCCUGCCCCGCCGAGGGCUCCAACGACCACGGCCUGUCCGUUCCCCACGACAAAACCUUCUUCGACCGGUUCAACAACUGCAACAGGACGCCUGCCAACUACAAGGAGCGUCUGGAACAAACGGUGGAGCGGUGUGCCCACAUCAACGGCGCCACGCCUCACUUCAACGCCAGGGCUUACGGGGAUGUCCUGGGCCCCACGCGGCAGGAGCUGACGGGGGACGACCAGUCACCGGGCUCCUCCACCAGCCUGGAGGGGCCCCUGGCCACACCCAAAGACUACAGCCACUACAACGGCCACUUCAACGGCAUGGCGCCCAGCCCCUCGGACACUAAGAGCCUGAGCAGCGAGGAGGACCUGCGGCAGCCCGACUCACCCUCGUCCGAGCUGCUCCACUACCGCUCCAGGACCUUCAACAUGGGGGAGCUGGUCUGGGGCCAGCUGAAGGGCUUCCCCCCCUGGCCUGCCAAGCUGGCUGGUGACGAACAGGUGCACUGCGCCGCAAUGCAGCUGCGAGAGCAGGCCAAGGUGGAGCCGGAGAAACUAAAAACACUAACCCACGACUUGGAGGCACUAGACCGAGCCGCCAAGAGAGGCCUGAAACCCAAACUGAACAACCCCCUGCAAGUUGCUCUCCAUGAGGCCAUGAGCGAGCUCGACAAAAUGUCAGGCACACUCCCAUCCAGGGACCGUCAGCUGAUGCUCCCCAAACCCAAGAGGAGGAAAAUAUCCAGAUAACAUUGAAUGUGUCCGGCCCAAGAACGUCCUGGACGGGGCGGUCUGAGCUCUUCAACAGGUGCUACACAUGGACUUUCAGUGGUACAAACACUGUUCCAACGUGACUUUGACUGACCACAGAAGGUGCUGGAAACUCCAAUCACCAAUACAGUUUUAACUGUAGAGAGAAAAAUAAGAAAAAUACAAAAAAACAUUAAAAACAGUUGCAAUUUGUCUACAGUUCACUGAAUUAACUAUUUUUUUCUAGUAUAAGAUAGUAAAAUAAACAAAAAAAGCUACAAGCAUUACCUUACAUAUUUAAGAAAAAUAGACAGUCCAAAUAUUUCUGAUACAUUUUCAAGAUGUAUAUAGAUAAUCCUGAAAUUUCCUGCUAUUAAGAAUUGUAUGUAAAUAUUGUACAAU